UAUUAUGCUUUCCAAGCUACAGCCCGCUGGAGCUUUCGUAUCUCGACACCUCAACGCUCCGAAACACUCGCUUAAGUCGAAGCUAUCUAAUGCUCGCCGCGCAUUUCUUGCGGUCUCCCGGAACAGCAAAAAGCUUCGGAGCAACAGGUCAUCGGUAACCACCUCGAGCACAAGUCCUCCCGUAGAAAAGUGCUUCGUUACCACCCCGAUUUACUACGUCAACGACCAGCCGCAUAUUGGCCAUGUAUACACUUCGACAAUUGCCGACGCAUACGCGCGUUUCCAGCGCAGUCGCGGGCGGGAUGUCUUCUUCUUAACAGGAACGGACGAACACGGCUUGAAAGUAGAGCAGUCAGCACAAAAACGCGGAAUCUCUCCUCAGGAGCUUGCAGACGAAAAUUCAGCCACUUUUCGCCAGGUGCUGGAUGAUAUGGGAAUAACCUUUGAUGGAUUCAUUCGUACCACUGAACCAUACCAUAAGUCACAAGUGCAGCACUUUGUUGACAAAUUGCGAGAAAAGGGUGACGUGUAUCUUGGCAAAUUUGAGGGUUGGUAUGAUGAGGGCCAAGAAGAGUACUACACAGAAACAAAGGCGAAAGAGCUCGAUUACAAGUCUCCAGUAAGUGGCAAAGAUAUGGCGCGAUCGAGUGAAGAAAAUUAUUAUUUUAAACUUUCGGCUUAUCAGCGUCAGCUCGAGAAGCUUCAUGAAGAAUGUCCUGACUUUUUGUCACCUCCAGCGAGGCGAAAUGAAAUCCUUAGCCGCCUUUCGCAAGGCCUAAACGAUGUUCCAAUUAGCCGUACAAACUUCAAGUGGGGAAUAGCGAUGCCGAAUGAUGAUAAUCACAUUAUCUAUGUGUGGAUUGACGCUUUGCUCAACUACAUCACUGCAUUGGGACUUGCUGAGGAGCCCUCCCAACCAGCAGCAAGUGCUGGAGUGGCAACUCGUCGUUUGAAAGGAGAGUUGAAGGAUUACUGGCCGGCAUCUUUACAUAUCAUGGCCAAAGAGAUCAGCUGGUUUCACGCAGUCAUAUGGCCAGCUCUGCUUAUGGCACUUGAAAUGCCUCUCCCAGAGCGUGUGCACGCACACGGAUUUUGGAUACGGGAUGGGAAAAAGAUGAGCAAGUCUUUAGGGAACUUUGUGGACCUCAAAACUAUUACAAGGUAUACAGAUCACUAUGGAUUAGACAGUUUCCGUUACUUUUUACUGGUGGAUGGUCCAAUUGCGGCUCAAGAUGCUAACUUUGCAUCUUCGCGUGUGCAAGAGGUGUAUAACACUGAUCUGGUGAAUACUCUGGGCAAUUCGCUGAGCCGCACGACUGCGAUGGUAAACAAAUAUUACAACGGCAUAAUUCCCACAGAACAACAAAUCCAGGGGAUUCGUAUUACAUUUGGUAAGCGCUAUGAUUGGCCUGUUGUGACAGCUGAAGCUGCAAAUCAAGUCAUGCAUGCUGUUGAAGCCUUGGAGUUUCCAAAAGCAGCCACUGCCGCUGUUGCACUUGUGGCUAAGGUGGACCAUUUCAUCAACGAGCUGGAGCCUUUCCGAUUGGCCAAGGAUGAGACUAAGGCAGAAGAACUCGGAGCUGUCCUAUACCAGUGCCUCGAGGUGUUGCGUAUCGCGUGUGUCUUGCUUGAGCCUUUUUUACCCAAUAAAAUGAGGGAAGUCAGUGAAAACUUGGACUUAGGUCACGGUACCCUUGACGAGAGGGUGAAAUGGGGUCUUCUACAACCAGGCUCCACAGUGAAGAAAAUGACGUUAUUUCCUCGAGUCGCUCCACUCGACGAGCUUGGCAUGCCCGUGUCGAUGUGAGGGGUAUUUAGGGGCAGGAAUUUGCAAGUGGAAGAUAUUCCUAGUCCAAUAGAUUUCUUAUCGACGGGCUUCUUGCUUGAGAACCCUCCAUAAUAUUGAUUAUCUCAUUUUGCAAGGCACACGACACGACCCAGCACUCAACUAUAUAUGACCUUCAAAAGUACAGAUAGACUUCUAUCAUUAUUUAUACACCGUAAUCUACCUGUGAACAAAGCCCAUAUCCCUCUUAUACGAUAACUCUUCCUUCCAGGUUAGCCUAUCGUGAAACCAGUUGCCAGAACUGCCACGUCGGUCUGCACUCUUUCCACCAGUAAAUACAUCAUCCAAACUGCAAGUUUUUGUCGGAUUAGGAAAUAUUUGAUCUGGGUCAACACCAGCCUGAUCAGUCAACACUGGGACCAGUGCCUCGGUACGUGCCCACUCUGGAAUACGCUUGCUCGAGCGAGUUUCAUCGAUUUCGUCUUCGCUAUCAGAGUUUUUACAAGGGGAAAUGUCGUAUGAAAACCCAGACUGUGCAGUUGCCUCCUUGGUGUCAGAAACGUGUCUUCUUACAACCAUAAUAGGAGUGCUCUGCUUCUUUAUUUCGUUAGUCUUUUUAGGGGCAGUGCCGGUAAUCGCAGCAGCAUUUAUUUUGUUGCUAGCAAUGAAAUCAUGCAGCCUACGUUUUUUAUCAUCUGCUGAGAAACUGUCGUGCACAAGAGUGGAGUGGCUUUUGCGCUUGCCUCCGCACAACUCAACUGCAAAUUGAUUCUUUCGCUCUUCCUCACCUAGGGCAUGCUGCAUCCGCAGCUGUUCAUCUCUCUGCGCAGUUUCUUGCUCCUUGCGUGCAAACUGCAACUUUUCAAGACGUCGUUCAAUUUCCUCGCUUUCUUCUGCCUGCGCCGUUACCUUCUGCCUAGCGACGUCUUGUUCGCGCUGGCACCUUUCAUUGCCUUUUUGUUUCAUCGCAUUUCGGAAAUUCUCCAAAUCAGGGCGUGACCGAGACUCCAUGGCACGCUGAAGCCUAACCAUGACACCACCAGUACAUUUGUGACCUUUCGGAGGACGAAUGCCUAAGCGCUCUGAAGGCAAUAUGCAUCUUUCG